AUACCAGGCGGGCGCAUGCUUUGAAUGAAAAGCUGAUAUUGGCCUUUGGAAAAUGAACCUAUGCAUUAACAUGAUCGCAGUCUUUCUCACAGGAGCUACAUGGGCGAAAAAGUUAGCUGACCCGAACAACUUGUUACAAGAUCUGUUCGGCAACCUCAUACCUAACUACUAUUCUCUGAGGGAUGUUUAUUUCACCGUACGCCCGCCUUCACAACCAUCAAGCCCGUGGUACCGCUUCAACCUGACGGACGGAGUACUGGUCGAUAUUGGAGACAAGUUGAAGCCUAAAAACGACAAAGAGACAUGCACUGUGGAAUGCAGCAGAGGUGUUCUGAACGCAAGAUGCCAUUUUAAUAUCAAAGACGCCUCUCUUACGUACACAGGCAAAAUGUCCUAUAAACAACCCGUAGUGGCAAAUUUCAAAUUAUACGCAUGGAUUAUAGAGUUCCAGUUCUACGACCACCGUAAUCCUGCAUUACUAAGCUCGACAAUUGUGAAAACCCUGAGUGGCCAACCAAGAAAGCAUGAUGUACGAGAAUGUCUCAUUACGGAUUUUAUACUGAGUGCGGUGACUUUUCCUCCAUUUUCACAAUUCGACUUUGACGAGUUUAAAACACAUCCUAAUUUGUCAGAUGAAGUGUGGGAGGAGUUUGAAAGGAAACUGUACACUGAAGUUAGACUUAUUGUCAUGAGAACCAUAAAAGGAACGUGCGCACAAGAAUUACACAAGAGGAACGUUAGUGCAGACUCGGCUUGUAGCCACCUUAGUAAACGCCCCUGAACAUGCAAGAAAGGGGCUGAGCAAGGAAACUGCGUUUCCUGUGCUAUUUCGGUUUUGGUACAUAAAUGUUUGAACAUUCCAUUGUCAGACUAAUUUAUUAGGCAAUACCCAUUCACAGAAGAGGUAAUUUCACGAAGCUGGCACUAGUGAUGUUGAACAUCAAAUCUCGCGUCAUGAUUUUGUUAUUUUUGUGUUUUUAAACGGUUCCUCUUCGCGGGUGAAAUUUCGCAACUAGCACCACGUAAUAUAUUCGUGCAAAUGAUUCACAGGGAAUUACGCAAGCGUUAAAAGUUCACUAGUAUAAAGCUAUGAUUUGAUUCAGAAUAAUAAACUGUUU